CGAUGUUUGACGUUCGUACUGUGCCUUUUAGAUAAGAGUUUCCAGUUUUUAUACGAGUAAGAAAGAUGUAUUAAUGGUCAAUGUCAGAUGGUAUUACAGACUCUGUGAAGUUCCAGAAGCAGUUUAUCAAUUACUGGUUCAAGACAGGAACAUUGAAAAUGGAAAGGACCUUGUUACCCACAAUCCUGCAAUCAAAAGCAGAGAGCUCUUCAUAUCUGAUGCUACUGACUGCUAUCCAGCAUCAGCAUUAAGAGGCCAGUGUAAAGUCCAACACUACUCAGAUAUAAUUUCAGCCCAAAACUUUCUGCCCAAGCAAGAUACCUUUUUCUACAUUCUUGGGUACAACCCUGAGACCCAUAGGCUGGCUAGCACACAAGGUGAGAUCCGUGUUGGCCCAAGCCACCAGGCUAAGUUGCCUAAAUGCCAGCCUCACCUCCCAUCACAAGAGAUGCCUGAAAUAUGCGAGUCUUUGGAGGAGCUUCGCUGGUCACCUGGCAUUCCAGACUGUGAUUUGAUGAUGUACCUACGUGCUGCUCGAAGUAUGGCAGCUUUUGCAGGAAUGUGUGAUGGAGGAUCAUCAGAAGGUGGUUGCUUAGCAGCAUCAAGAGAUGAUACUACAAUUAAUGCCAUGGACUUGCUUCAUGAUAGUAACUACGAUACUGGGAAAGCUCUUCAAGCAUUAGUCAGACAUCCAGUACCAAGAGGAAUAGAUAAAAAGUGGACUGAAGAAGAACAAAAACGAUUUGUAAAAGGUUUACGACAAUUUGGGAAGAAUUUCUUCAAGAUCAGAAAAGAGUUACUACCUCAAAAGGAAACUGCAGAUUUGGUGGAGUUCUACUACUUGUGGAAGAAAACUCCAGGUGCUGCUACCACACGAUCACACAGACGACGACGUCAGAUUGUUAUUCGCCGCAUCAAGUCUUUCCCAAAAACAAAACAAAUCAGAUUUAAAUGAGUUUGACUUGAGUUCAGCAAGUGAAGAAGAAGAGUUGAAUGACUGUGACUCAAGGGACUUGAGUGGUUACAUGUGCUUUC